AUGCCAUCAUCUCGUGAAGGCGAGAACCGUAGAGAAUCGUUUCCUAAUUGCAUCCAGUUAAAAGAGUUUAGUUAUGUGGCGGCGUGCGGCGGGGGGCGGGGGUGCGAGGGCGACGACUGGCACCUAAAGUCCGACAUUGAGAUACCCUUGCAAGGGCAUUCCACUGCUGCAGUCUUCAAGGCUUACAGGGUCGAAACACUCGCGAUCUAUAUUCUGAGUUCAACAGAAUUCAUACAAUGA